CUCAUAGGCUGUGAUUUUAAACAUGGCCUUAUUUAUGUUAUUGUUGUGUACAUGCUCUAUACUUUGCCAAUGUAAAGGAUACGAGUUAGUUUUUCAACCUACGCCGGUGAUCCCAGCACAGCUGCAGGAGAUUGCCCGUUUCUUUGUACGGGUUGGAGACACGCUGAAUAUUAGCUGCAAAGUUGUGUCUGAAGAGAACAAACCAACACCAAUGUUUAACAUAACCUGGCGAUUGCCCUUCAAUCCACAGAACAGUAAGCAUCGAGUACAAAUAAAACAAAUGUGGAACGAAGCAAAUUUACUAAUACAAAACCUGCAGGAAAGAGAUACUGGUAACUACACUUGCGAAGCUGUCGAGGAAUUAGGAAGAGUUACCUUAAGUGCAUUCGCCUUUGUUAGUGUGAAGAACAAAAAGUCACACUGUUCAGCUGACAAAAUGUUUUUGUGUUCAUCGGGUGCGUGUAUUCUGAGAAGAUACGUGUGUGAUGGUCGAAUUGAUUGCAAGGAUGGAGCUGAUGAGUCACCAGUUCAUUGUGGUCCCGAUCCUUGUGAGGGUAGACAACAGUGUGAUGAUGGUCGAUGCAUACCUAGUGCGUGGUGUUGUGAUGAAUAUCAAGAUCCAAACUGUAAUGUUAGCAUCAAGCCCUCAUGUUGUCCAAAGACCAUUAUGGACCAUGAUCCAUCAAUGUAUGAUGAAAUGAGAUUCAAUGACAUGGGUUUCCUCCAAACUACUAUAUACACAGUCAUUGGUUGUGCAACAGCUUUCAUGUUCAUCGUGAGUAUCCUGGUGAUAGCCAUCUGUCGCGUGCAUAUGAAGCGAUCGCUCCUUUCCCGGUGCCCCGCGGGGUCCAGGCUAGGAGGUGGUUUCCCACCUCCUCCUCUCCGUGGUGUGGGACAUCCACAUCAUCAUGUCCCCCUGUAUGACUUGGAUGUCUUCUUGAAUCGGUCUCCUUAUUCUACAGCUGAUGUCUCAUCACCUGGUCCAGGAUCUCUCUUAGUAACAUACAAUAUUAACAAUGGUAUUCAGUUUGUAGGGCGACCUGUGGAUCCACCUCCCUAUAGUGAAGUGGUAGCAUCACCUCCACGAGAAGGUCCUCCACCUCCUUAUGCAUCUCGUGAAAGCCUUGCAAGAACUAUUGCUGCUGUGCCAGUAACUGAAGAUGAUGAUGAUGUGGAGAUUGCCGAUGAGGCUGACUUACUGUUGGCUAAUACUGCUGCAACAGGACCCACCCCUUUGAUACACCAAAGUGGCAGUACUUUGCAGGUUACUAUUGUACAUCCUCCAGCUCCUGCAUCCUGUGUCACAACAUCAGACAGUUCGGAAGAAAGUGAAAGUUCAUAUUUACAAGGAACAGCAGCUGCGACAGAGGAAUUCCGGCCACUGCUAGAUGCUCCAACAUCCCCAACUUCGAAGGUACCCGAUUUCUCUUCAGCGGAUUCUCCUCCUGGUCCCGGCUGCCUGAGGGAGAGUUUCAUUGGCUUAAGGGACAAUGUUUCAUUGGGAGAGGCUAUUGCUGCACCUGAUGCCAAAAUGAGCCAGGCUCUUAGAAUAAGAGAAGAAUUCUUGAACGGUAGUAACACAACAGUGUCAGUUGCUCAUGCACAGUGCAGUGGUGGAAAUGAAAUUACUGCUGUUACUGUUGGUUCAAACCAUUGAAGUGUUUAAUGUGGACAUUUUUUUCUGUGAAUUUGCUUGCUACUUAGAGAAAUCCUAUGGUUCCCUGUGCCAGAGCCAGCCAUUUGCAUUGAAAGAUUGUGUACAAAGUUCAAUUUUCUAUUUUUAUGAGAGACACUGGUAGUGCGGCAUGUCUGGAGUCAUUGUCUCACAUUAAUUGUAUGUAGCAUGUGGUACAUUGCUCAUUAUUUGCUACCAUAAUGUCACACAUUGUGGUGCAGAUCAGAAUCAGCACAUCCUUCAUCAAAUGAAUAACCUGUGUAACUUCUUGUAUCUUCUGCAUACUUAAAGCUUGCAUCUAACAGUAGUGUCACUUUUACAGCGUGUAGCGAAUAAAACUGACAUCUGUGAUGCCUUCCUUUUUAAUGACUUUUGACAAGAUUUAGUGUAAAAACAGUGCACUUUAAAUCUUCACUUUCAAGAUUUUCUCACAGUAGUCAUGUUUCUGGUCAAGAUUGAGUCAGCUCAACUUAGUUCUGGCAACUGAGAAAUUUAUAUGUAAUGAUCUGUUUAACAAUCGUCUUUCACAAUUAUAUAUUUUAUUAUUAUUUGUAGUUUUAUGAGUACUUGUAUCAUGACAUCCUGUAAAGGAAAUGAAAUUUUCACAGGACAAAAAAGUUUUUUUAUCACAAACAAAUGUUCAAAUGUUGGGCUUAAUAGUGAGUCACUGUAUUUUCAUGAGUAAAUUAUGAUAUGAGACUGUAAAUUAUGUUGUUGUUAAUGAGAGAAGUAAGUGAAGUUUAGUGCUCAUGUUAUGAGUAGUCAGUCAAUAUGUAAAGGCAGUUUCCAUGACAGUAAGGUGCCUACUGUUUCAUUGGUCUCCUACACUUGGAUCAAUGCUUAUGCACUGUUUUUAUACAAUUUGUUGAGUACAGUAUUUGUGAACUCCUACUUAGUUUUCCUGUUAAUAUAAAAGACUUGUUUGCAGUUCUGUUGUACAAGUUUCCAUUUUCUGCUGUGUUCUAUGAAUAAGGAAAGAAAGGUAUGCUGUGUGAUGGAAACUUGAACUUUGGUACUGUAUUGUAAUCAUGCAGUUGAUUUUUGAAUAUCUGUACAGCACUCUUAUCAUUGCCUUGUUGUGUAGUCAUUCCAACUACUUGUAUUUACCACCCUUUCACAUGUUUGUUAUUGAUCUGAAA